UAGAAAACAAGUGAAUUCAUUGUGGUGCACCGUUAACCCAUAAAAAAUAAAAAAUGGCAUCGGUAGAACCUAUGUCGAAUAAAACAUGGGACCUGUCCCUGUACGAGCUUCACCGUACACCACAGGAAGCUAUCACGGAUAACACGGAGAUUGCCGUAUCACCUCGCAGCCUGCACAGUGAGUUGAUGUGCCCGAUUUGCUUGGAUAUGCUGAAGAAAACGAUGACCACCAAGGAGUGCCUGCAUCGGUUUUGCUCGGACUGUAUCAUCACGGCCCUGCGGUCGGGCAACAAGGAGUGUCCUACGUGCCGCAAGAAGCUCGUUUCCAAGCGUUCCCUACGCCCAGAUCCGAAUUUUGAUCUGCUCAUUUCGAAAAUCUACCCCAGUCGGGACGAGUACGAGGCGCACCAGGAGCGCGUGUUGGCAAAGUUCAACCAAAGCCACUCCCAGCAAGCGCUCGUACACUCGAUAAACGAGGGCAUAAAACUGCAGUCACAGAACCGCCCGAACAGAAAGCAGAAGGGUGAGAAUGAGCUGUGCCCAUCGAAUGCCAGUUCAUCUUCCAACUCCACCGCGCAGCCUCAAGCUACGGCAACGCCCGCGCCCACAAACGGUGCUACCGAACCGGGUAAGGAUAAUCAAGCCAGUUCCGGUGCAACUGCUGGCGGCGGUGGUGGUGGUGGUGGUGGUAGCGGUGGCGGAAGCGCUAGCGGUGCUGGUAGUGGCAGUGGUGGAGCUACAAGCGGCCCAACUCCUCCCGCUGGAGGUGAACAGAUGUCCAGCCGUCAGUCAUCCAAUCCACCCUCGGUACGUAGCACUCCUUCGCCUGUUCCGUCAAACAUCAGUUCGGCAAGUAAGGCGAAGCGACCACGGUCCGUGAUGACGUCGGAACGAUCGGAGGAAUCGGAGAGCAACAGUGAGAUGGACGUUCGUACGGAAGAAAAUGAUUCCAAUUUGGACACGGAAGGGGAGGGAAAUUCCGAGCAUGGUAGUGAUGAAAUCGAGCUGGUAUUCAAACCUCAUCCCACGGAAAUGGCCAGUGACAAUCCGGUGUUGAAAGCGUUAAAAGAAAACUCGAUCCGGUACAUCAAAACUACUUCAAACGCUACAAUUGAUCAUCUGAGCAAGUACCUCGCGAUGCGCUUAUCAUUGGAUCUUGAUCCGGCAUUUUCCGAGACGCAUCGAAUGAUGAACUUUUGCAUCUACAUCGCGCAGCAACCGAGUCAACUGGUCGUGCUCAGUGGUAACCAAACACUUCAGCAAGUGAACGAAAAAUUCUGGAAGGUUAACAAACCGUUGGAGAUGUACUAUUCCUGGAAGAAACCAUAAAAAAUAACUCAAUGGUAGGAGUUAUUAAAACACAGCAAACAAAUCUUACUACUAGCUUUUAAUGAGAUUUAUAUUCAUGUACUACUGUAACACAAGAGUUUCAAAUAAAAAUGUAGAUU